AUGUCUGAUCGUUUACUAGAUAUCUUCAAGCCAUUUGAAGCAAUCCUUCCUGAAGUCAUUGCCCCACAAAGGAAAGUCCCAUAUAAUCAAAAAUUGAUUUGGACAGGGGUUUCACUAUUGAUCUUUUUAAUUCUAGGUCAAAUUCCACUUUAUGGGAUUGUCUCCAGUGAAACUUCAGAUCCAUUGUAUUGGUUAAGAGCCAUGUUGGCCUCUAACCGUGGUACUUUAAUGGAAUUAGGUGUCUCUCCAAUCAUUACCUCUUCCAUGAUCUUCCAAUUCUUACAAGGUACUCAAUUAUUAAACGUCAAAAUGGAUAACAAACAAGACCGUGAUUUGUUCCAAAUCGCUCAAAAAGUUUGCGCUAUCAUCUUGACUUUCGGUCAAGCUUUAGUUGUCGUCCUAACAGGUAACUACGGUGAUCCAAAAAAUUUAGGAUUUGCCAUCUCUUUAUUAUUGAUCUUCCAAUUGAUGUUUGCUUCCUUCAUUGUUUUACUAUUAGAUGAGUUGUUAUCGAAGGGUUACGGGUUAGGUUCCGGUAUUUCUUUAUUUACUGCUAGUAACAUUGCUGAACAAAUCUUUUGGAAAGCCUUUGCUCCAACUACCAUUAAUACUGGUCGUGGUAAAGAAUUUGAAGGUGCCAUUAUUGCAUUCUUCCAUCUUUUAGCUGUUAGAAAAGAUAAGAAGAGAGCUUUGUUUGAAGCUUUAUACAGAACUAAUUUACCAAACGUUUUCCAAGUUUUCGCAACGAUUGUAGUUUUCUUUUCCGUCUUAUAUUUACAAGGUUUCCGUUACGAAUUACCAAUUAGAUCAACUAAAAUCAGAGGUCAAGUCGGUGUUUAUCCAAUCAAAUUAUUUUACACAUCAAAUACUCCAAUCAUGUUACAAAGUGCUUUAACUUCAAAUAUCUUUUUAAUUUCUCAAAUGUUAUAUCAAAGAUUCCCUCAUAACCCAAUCAUUCGUCUAUUAGGUGUUUGGGGUAUUAAACCGGGUACUCAAGGUCCACAAAUGGCUUUGAGUGGUGUAUCUUAUUACAUUCAACCAUUAAGUUCAUUAAGUGAAAUGAUUUUAGAUCCAAUUAAGACUAUCAUUUACGUUACAUUUGUUCUUGGUUCAUGUGCCGUUUUCUCCAAGACUUGGAUUGAAAUUUCAGGUUCUUCUCCAAAGGAUAUUGCCAAACAAUUCAAAGAUGAAGGUAUGGUCAUUAAUGGUAAGAGAGAAACUAACGUCUAUAGAGAAUUGAAACGUAUUAUUCCAACGGCUGCCGCAUUCGGUGGUGCAACCAUUGGUGCCUUAUCUGUUUGUUCCGAUUUGUUAGGUACAUUAGGUUCUGGUGCUUCUAUCCUUAUGGCUGCUACUACCAUUUAUGGUUAUUAUGAAUUGGCUGCUAAAGAAGGUGGAUUUUCCAAGAACAUUGUUCCUGGGUUCUCUGACUUGAUGUGA